AUGCCUCCUUCCACUAUGAUGGCUUCGACACCAUAUACAUCCUCAUACCUAGCAAUUCGGGGAGUCUCACCUCCAUCAUCGCCCUUAACAGGACCACUCCAAAACUCACUCUCCUCGCAGCAAACUCAUGAACCUUUAGACCCCAGAAUCACUUCCCCAGUAGACCCAUCGAGGUCAACCAGGAAACGUAAGAGAACGAUCACAUCUUCAGCACUAAACAAGCUCUCUUUCCACUCUAAAGGUAUUGUGGGGCUACACAUGAUAGGAGAAUCCCGCAACAUACCAAGUGUACCCAAAAAGGCACCAGCUUCUCACAGUGUCAACAUACAGCAUACCAUGAAGCUUAUCAACGUCCUCAUUAAAAACAAGUCCUUGUUCUACAGAUGUAUGGCUGAGAGCCAAAACGAAGAGGACCAGAACUGUAAGGAUAUGAUGAGAAGAAUAUCGGCUGUAGUAAAAGGAGACAAACGUUUUCAAUCAUGGCAGCAAGUCAAGUCAUGGGUGAGACGACAAUGGAGGAAAGGGCAACAAGGCAAAAAGUCGCGCUUGUCAACGCCAUCGUCAUCAGUUGGAAUGAGGAGAGGGAACGCCACAUCUUCGAUCAAGAAUUCGUUCGAGAGAAACCUUGUGCCGAUCUUAAGGGCUGCAGAAAUGAACAAGAACGCUGGAAGAUUUCUCAGUUCCGUCACAGAAGCAAUAGGUUCGAAGAAGCUGAUACAAAUAUUUCGGCACCAUCUAGCUCGCGACGAGUUGCCGGAGGACAUAGCACCCUUGAUAUUCUCCCCGUUAUACUUGAAGCUUUGCGAGAGACAGAUCCAGAAGGUCGCGAGGGCAAGAAGUAUGACGGCUUAUCCUUACGACUCCGACUCUGACGGAUGGUAUGAGUCUGAGACUAGUUGUGACGUGUUGGCAGAGAAUGAAUACAGGAAUAACGGGGAUAAUGUGGAAGCUGCUAGCGCUUCCUUCCAUGUUCUUCCAUCGAUUGAGAAUGACGACGACGACGGUGUCAUGGAUAACAAUCUUUCUGAGAUGACCGUCAGUGUGGAAAAAACUAUUGAACCUUCGACGCAGACUGAGACACGGCAGCCAGUGAUUCGCAAACAACAGGCGAGAACGAGCAACCAAGCUCGAACAGGGACGAGGGACAGCAACUCCGGCACCGACAAUAAGCGGCGCAGUGAGUCUCAACAUCCAACGCCAUCAGGAUCACAAGGUACAGCAGGGAAAUCGCGUUUUCAACACGUAAUUCGACAAGACGAAGUACAUGUCGGAAGGAAAGAGAGUUCGCGUACUCUCGACAAAAAAAAGGCAGGACUGGUGAUUGGUCCUGCGCCCUAUGUCCGACCAUUCUCCGACCUGAUGUUGUCGACAGCAUUCAUGACACCGGCCCCCGAGGAGGAGUGUCUAGAUCAAGUAGAAGCCCUCCUGCUGGACACGGACGAACGCGGUGCGGACGGAAACACAAAUGCAGACAGCGCAGGUGAAGAGACGCUGGACCUUCCCAACAGCAACACAAGCACCACUACCCAACCAGUCUCGAAAAAGAAGCGACAAAAGAGAAAGAGCAAGCAGCGAAAGAGCGCAAAGAGAGAAAAAGAACAUAGCGACAAGACAGCCACCAACGAGGAUACGAUAGCCAAGGGCACCUAUCCGCAUCACAACAUUGGAAAAGCGCCAUCCCCAUCCCUGUCCCGCGGGAGAAGAACCCCCAAGAUCCUCGCAGACGAGAACCGGAAACAAGCACGCAAGCUAGCCAAGCCGCUCGCAGCGAAGAGCGUGCCCAGCCGCGCGGCUCCUCCUCCGAUCAGGAAAGCGACGUUUCCAGUGUAUAAAGUCCUCCAGCGGCGCGUGGUGCACAAGGAGAUCCAGCCACCGAUGUUCUACAAGAGACUUCGGAGCAGGACAGCACCACGAGCUAUUAGCAGACAACGACAACAACAGCAGCAGCAGCGACACAAGUCGAUUGGGAGCAUGGAAGGGAGAAGCAGACUAGGAGAGAGAAGUAUCAGUGACGACGGCAGAAAAGGCGAACCAACGCUCCCGGGCCUAGAUCUGCUGAGAACGUGCCUGUUGGCGGCUCCAGGAGACCGAAGGAAAUAA